CGGCGCGCCGCCGCGGCCGCUGUUCGCUGAUGGUGGUGCCUGCGCCGCCGCUACAGUAGCGCCUCCGCUGCCCGCGCUGCGCCCAGCGCCGCCUGUGACGUCGUCGCCGCCGCCGCCGUUCAAACUCGGUCGCCCCGGAGGGACCCGCAAAAAAGCUUCGGUGCGCGCUUCGAGUCGCAACCAUGGGCGGAGUUGUGUCCAAGGUGUUCGGCCGGGGAUACAGGACCAGCGAACCAGGUUCGCCCAAUGUCCCCGCCGACGCCGACGGAGCUCCUGGGGAGGCUGGCAGUCGAGCAGCAGCGGCCCCCGCGGCUGCUACCGAAGCUGCUUCGGCAGCCAAGCAGCAGGGGAAGCCUGAAGCAGCUGCUCACGGGAAGGGCGCUGCCGAAGAAGCCAAGGCGCAGCAGCCUGUUUCUCCGACGAAGGGUCAGGCCGAGCCUUCGGCUCCGACUAGCGACGCAACAAAGCCUGCGGACCAGCAGUCCUCAAAGAAACCGACAGUCCUUGACACCGCCAAGGAGGACGUUCUGGGUGUGCUGGAAUCCGUGAAGAAGAACGUGGGAGCCGCCAAGGAGGCGUUCUUCGAGAAGCCCACCAAGACCGAAGAGAGCAAGUCGCCAUCGAGUCCGCCCAAAACGACGGCCGGCUCCGCUGAGCAGGCGGAACCGACCAAGACGCCUGGAGCGAAGACACCCGAGGCCAAGACACCGGAAUCCAAGACACCGGGAUCCAGGACACCGGAAUCCAGGACACCGGAAUCCAAGACACCGGGAUCCAGGACACCGGAAUCCAAGACGCCAGAAGCUAAGGGGGGAAGCUUCCUCACGAAGCUCGGUAUCACGAAGUCGGAAGAGGCCAAGCAGAAGGCCAAGGAAGAGGCCGCUUCCAAGCCCGCCGACGGAGAAAAGAAAGAAAGCGGCGCCUUCCUUCCAGAGGUUGGCAAACCUGCACUGGAGACUGCGCAGGGACAGGCCGAGCGGCCCAAGAGUGCAGCAGAGAAAGAGGUCACUGCUCAAACGCCUCCCUCGGUGACUGGCGCUGGAACAGCGGAAGCCGAGGCAGGGAAGGACAACGCUCCCGGGCCUCUCGAUGCGGGCAAAGUAAAUCCUCAGGAGUUCCUGAUCUUCGGGAAGGCAGCCGCCGGGGGCUUGAAGCAAAAGACUCAAGAGGCUAGCGAAGCGGCCGAACAAGUCAAGCAAGCGGCAGACGUCGCUCUGCAGAAGGCCAGCGAGCUGAAGGAUGCUGCCGUGAAGGCGGCGAGCGAGGGAAAGGAGAAAGUAGCGUCGCUCGCUCAGCAGGCACAGAAGUCGGCCGCCGGGGCCACUGAUUCCGUGGCAAAGAAAGGAGAGGAAGCCGACGCUAUUUCUCAAAAGUCUCAAGAGGCUGCCUCCGUGGCGAAGUCAAAAGCUGAGGAGCUCAAGGAAUCUGCUGCCGAUGCCGGGAAGGAUGCCGCAGCUGCGACAGCUGCAGGCGCAGAGGGCGUAAAGAAGGCCUCUCAGGAGGCCGCGGCCUCCGCGACCGACAAGGUUGUAUCGGAAACAGAGAAGGCGAAGCAGACGCUAAGAUCCGAGGCAGAAAAGGUCGAACCUGCUCUUAAACAAGCGUCUGAAUCUGCCAAGGAGAGAGCAGAGCAAGCUACUGCCGCGCUGAAGUCCGGCGCCGAGUCCAUGAAGGAAAAAUCCGAACAGGCGGCCAGUGCCGUUCGUGAAACUACCAAGAGCGCCUCCGAGAGCGCUGCCAUCGCCGUAAAAGCCGUUCCCGAGCUCCUCAAGGAUACCGCUCAGGAAGUGCACGACAAAGGCAAGGCGAAAAUAGAUUCGCUUCUGGAGCAGGGCAAGCAGGAGGAACCGGCCACUGCCUCGAGCAGCCCCGCAGAGCAAAAAUUGUCCGAAUCGAUCGCCUCAGGGAAAACUCAGUCCGAAUCUGCAAGUCAGCAAACGAAGCCCCCGCUUCCCGAAGAGCCGAGGCAAUCCGAAGCGAAACCUCUCGACUCCGCAGUUACGAAACACAUGGUCUACACCGCCAUCGUCGACGUCAACGCGGCGGCCGCUGGCGAAAGCGCACUCUCCGCUAAAACGGUCACAAUGAAGAGCGGCUCGGAAGUAAAAGACGGCACGGCCGAACUGCACUUCAGCGACCCCGUCAAGGACGGGCCACAGGAGACCGUGGAGUCGCCGAAGGCGGUCUCCCAGGAGGUGCUCGACUCCGCCAAGUCCGAAGCCGAGCUCCUCGUCGAGCGGGUCAUAUCGUCCGUCGUCGGAGCCUCGGAGUCGUUGAAGCACUCGGCGGACGACGCCGCCCACACCGAGAAGGACCGGCUCGAAAAGCUCAAGGAGAAGGCGCAGCAGGAGUUCGCGUUGUGCCAGGAGAAGGCCCACCACUUGCUCAGCGACGUCACUUCCGCCGUCUCGACCGCAGCCACUUCCGUCGCGGCGAAAUCGGCGGAGAUAUACGACGCGACCAAGAACAAAGCUCACGACCUAUCGGAACAAGUCACGGCGAAGGCUUCGGACACUGCCGAGUCCCUGAAGCACGGAAUGCACGCGCUACAGGAGCAUGCCGCGGAGUUACCGCAGCUGAUCUUGCACACCUCCAAGUCGCACGGGCCGUCCGGUGAGGCGACCACUGGCGGCAGCGUCUCCGAGGCCCCCCACGAGCAGGCGCCGCUGCUCCAAGCAGACCCCCAGCAAGAGAGGCCCGGCGAAAGGUUAAGUCCGAGCCCUAAACCGGAAGAUAUUGAAUCUGCAGUUGUCAAAAUUCAGGCUGGCGUGCGGGGUUACCUCACCAGGAAGAACCUGCAAUACCGAACGCAACAAGAUGGCGAGGCCUCGCAAACGACGGGGAACGCGAGCGAGACGGAGCAGUCGGCGGCGCCAACGGCAAACGGUAGCGAGCCAUCAGACACGGAAGCGGCGGCGACCAAAAUUCAGGCCGCCUUCCGGGGCUACAUGGUCCGCAAGGAACUCAAACCCGACAACGGACCUGGAAGCGGCGCCAUGCACAGGGAGGAUCUGGUCGAGUCUCGCUAGUCCUCCACCAGAUCGGCGCUGGCGGCAGCUCGCUGAACUGCGCAGCUCAAAAUUUUUUUCCUCGAACGGCGGUCGGAAAGCCGAGACAAGUGCCUUCUAUAACACUAUCUUCCUUUUCUAUUAUUUCAAGAGCGCGUGGAAAAGAAAAAUGAAAAUGUGCAGAGAGUCUAUAUGUUAUAUAGUGCGUGCUUGUGUUAUUGAAUGUACAGAGUUUAGAGAGAGUUGUUUGUCUCUUUUCGACCAGGUGUCCUUUCCGUUCGCUGCACGGACGCUUCGGUCCUAGACCAUUUUAGUUUCCGUUCAUGGGGGCGUUGUUACCUUGGCGUAGGGGUCAUUUUCCUCGCAACCUAUUCAAAUACAUGUACGACUGCUUCGCUGUUUGCGAAGUGUCUGUAACGUGCUGUGUGUCGGGCAACGCGGGCAGAAAGGCUUUCGUAUCAGCUAUAGGACGACACCCCAUAUAUCUUGUGGUAAAACGGUCUAUGCAAUGAUUCCGUGUCUGCCAGCCAUGUGGUGUCAGCUCCGAAGUCACCAAUGUUCUUUUUUUAUAUAUAUACACGGCCGCUGUUCAAGCGUGUUUUACGUUAUUAUAUUACAAGCAUUUAUAAGUUAUAAUUUCUCAGUAGACGGCUCCGGGAUGGCUUCAAGCGUCGACCGGAGAGGCAUGCAUGCACUGCCUGUAGAUUUUAUAAGUGUCCGCACGGAUUUGUCACCCUCAACCGGCGGCUGUAGGAAGUGUCUGUGCGUGACGUCGCGCUACUUUCAGCGGAAGAAAGUUUCGUGACCGUGUGUGCCUUAUAUUGUCACUUGUUACGACGUGAGUGUGAAAAGAGCAAUAGUUUUACCGGCGCUUUCCUUUCUCUCUAUUUCACAAUAAACGUUGGAGUAUUUAACUUGA